GCAUCGGCUUUGGAACAUCUACACGCUCGCAUCUCCGACACACCACAUCAUGACGCCCGCGGCUUUCCAGCCCAGAGCUCCCACCUCCGACAUGGCUUCUGCUAUCGCGCUGCAUAAGCGCAAUCCGCAGCUGCCUUCCCCACGGCCCGCCCGCCGCAGUUGCUUCUUUGGUGGGCGAUAUCCCGACACGCCGCUUCAAUGACGGAAUUGCGUCACAUUCAGCUCCGCCGCUCCGAUGGUUUGGGGAUAUGCAUUCCAGGUUGCGUCCGGUAGCUUGAAGCGACGCCCGCCGGAUCCGAUCUAUGAUGCAUUUGAUUGUUAUAAAAGGCAUGCCUCAACAUGGACGGUAGGUUGUCUCAGCCAGUGCCAUCAGUGAUCACAUCAAUCAUCAACCUCUAGAUCCAAUUCAAUCACCUUGAAACCCAGCAUCCCAUCACACAAACACACCUUCCCAUCGCCAUGUCGUCACUCCCCAAGACUUACAAGGCCGUCGUCCUCCAGGCGGCCAACACCCCCAUGACGCUCGUCGACGUCGAGCUCAAGCACCCCACCAAGGGCGAGGUCCUCGUCAAAGUCCUUGCCUGCGGCGUGUGCUUCUCGGACGUCGCCACGGCCAGCGGCCACAUGGGCGACGUCUUCCCCCGCGUGCCCGGCCACGAAAUCGUCGGCGACGUCGUCGAGGUCGGCGAGGGCGUGACCCGGUUCAAGGGCGGCGAGCGCGUGGGCGGACCGUGGCACGGCGGCCAUGACGGCGAGUGUCGCCAGUGCCAGCGCGGCCAGUUCCAGAUGUGCGAGAACGCGGCCAUCAACGGCGUGAACAGGGACGGCGGCUUUGCCGAGUAUGUCCUCCUCCGCGCCGAGGCCGUUGUCCGGGUCCCCAAGGAGAUUGACCCGGCCGAUGCUGCUCCUCUGCUGUGCGCCGGCGUUACCGUCUUCAAUGGCAUUCGCAAGUUGGGUAUUGAGCAGGGCGCCCUCGUAGCCGUCCAGGGCCUGGGCGGACUCGGCCAUCUGGCAGUGCAGUACGCCAACACAAUGGGCUACGAGGUUGCGGUUCUCUCAUCGGGCGACGAAAAGUCGGCGUUUGCAAAGCAGUUGGGCGCCCACCAUUACAUCAACACCAAGACCAGCGACGCUUCAGCCGAGCUCAUGAAGUUUGGCGGCGCCUCCAUCAUCGUCCAAACCGCCCCCAACCCCAAAGUCAUGAGCCCUCUUGUCGCCGGCCUCGCACCAGGAGGCAAGCUCCUCAGCCUCGCCCCGGUUGGCUCUGUGCCAAUUGAUACCGUCGCGCUCGUGAUGAAGGGCGCAAGCAUCCAGGGUUGGCCCAGCGGCCACGCCCUCGACAGCGAGGAGGCUAUCCGAUUCGCCAUGGUGCACAAUGUCAAGUGCAUGAUUGAAAAGUACCCGUUUGCCAAGGUGCAAGAUGCGGUGGAUAGCUUGAUUGCUGGCAAGCCGAGAUUCAGAAAUGUCUUGGUCAUGGAGUAGCGAGUAGUUGUAGCUGGAGUGGAUUGGCGUCGAGGAGUGAAAAAGAUGGCGGUG